CGAAUUCCUCGCAACAUACGACAAACUUCUCGACCAGCGCCCACCGACGGCACAUUGUCCGGACCGAGCAAAAGUGCUUUUACUCUCGUUUCUCGAGCCGCAGACAUACGCCACCGGCCUCUGGAUGACGACGGCAUCCUGCAAUUAGCAGCCCUGUUUGUCAACCACUUGAUCUUCUCCCCCACCAAAGAGGCAACAAUCCUUCCCGCAAUCCGACGCCAGCCCGCCGACCCAAGCACGCGCAGACUGAAGGAAAAGGAAGCAAACAAUCCCCUUCCCGCUGCUGCUGGCCCUGGCCUCGAAACAGGUCUUCAGGGUUGCUCGGCAGUCAGUGGGGGGAGAGAAGCAGCCGCGCAUGCCUCGCGCAUCGGGAUCGAGCAAGCGACAGUCAGGCGCCGGUCAUCGCGACACCAAGGAGAAUGGGCUCGUAGCCCCGGCAAAGCGAGUCACUGGCAGGAAGAGCCUCAAUCCUCUCGAGGGCCCUGCGAGGCCGGCCGACCAUGGCGCGGGCCACGCAGGGCCGCAGUUUGUGCUGCCCAACGGCGUCUCCAAGGCCGCCAUCGACUUCCAUGACCGCUCCGCCGAUGCUCGUAGGGCUUCCGUCGGCAACUACUCUGAGACGUCCACGUCCGAGUCUUGCACUUCCCAUAUAGGUUCUGGCCCUGCCGCUGUCGACGGUGGCCAUCGUCAGAUCGACGUCAACGCCCUCAAGAACGCAGACGUCCACCGCGACUCGGGACCUAUCGACAUGGUGGCCACCGUCCUCAAGACGCUCCCUAUGCAGGACACGCUCGCCAUCCUCAUCAUCCUCAUGCAACUCCCGACACUUUCUCUCUCCAUCAUCUACGGCAUCUUUACCUGUCUGACCUUUGUUCCCCCCGUCACCACCAGCUCGGGCAUCAACCUGAAUUUUGCCGAAAUUUUCGAUGGCCACUCCACCAUGCCCUCCCUCGUCACCGUUGUUUGCAUGGACUUCUUCUUCCUCCUCGUCUGGCUGUUUCUGUGGCAGCCAAUCCAGGAUGCCAUCUUGGAUCUCGCCAAGCCCAUCAUCGCCAUCACCCUCGGAGGCGGCACCACGUAUAGGAACGGCGGCUCCCGCGGCCUCACCACCUGUUUCGUCUGGAUCGUUGUCAACCAUGUCAUCCGCAGCACGAGAACCCACUGGUCUCGUCUUGCGAGGCACAUCCCCGAGGACUGGCAGGUACCUUCUGCCCUGAGCAGCACGUUCGAGUCGACCUCUCUCAUGCACGAUAAGAGAAGUGCGUUUGCGUGGGUCCGAAGCGGAUUGGCCAUUCACAUUCUCACCCAGGGGCUCGUUAAAUACAUCCGUGAGUGGUAUUUGAGGAGGGAAAAGGCCAACGCGGCGGCCGGCCAGCAUGAUCCCGAGGCUGGGAAGCCUAUAGCAACCAUCUCCAUCAACGGUGAGGUUGCCCACGACGCUGGCUUCAACACACCGGACACGGAGACUGGGUGUCCCCCGCAACCCGCUCCGCCCGCCUCCACCAACAAGAAAAGAAGAAAGCAAAGCACGCAAGUCAGGCUGCAGCAGCCGUUAUGGGCAGCUCUGGCUAGCACAAAGAUUGUUGUCAUGAAGGAAUACGAGUCGUCCCACGUGCCCUCGAAAUCGCUUGGCGUCAACACGACUGACAUUCACAACCUCGGAAACGCACCUUUUAACACACAGCCCAAACAGAUAUGGAUCUCGUAUAUCGGUAGCGACGAAGUAUGCUUUAACACAAGCGACUUUCCGGAUUUAGAUGACGAACCGCCACUUCCCACCACCGCCAACGGACACGCCAUCACGCGGCCCGCUGGUGUCGAUACAUCCAAGCCCUUUUACGUCAAAGUGAACAAUGCAUUCUGGCAACCUACACGCAUCUUUCCCGUUGUCGAAGCAGACGAUGGCGGUCGAGGGGGUACCCGUUGGACAGGAGACAUUUAUGGCCUCCGCCCGUCAUCCAAAUACGUCUGUGAGUUUGUGGACAUUAGGACUGACAAGGUUGUCUUUUCCACAAGCAUCCGGACCAUCAAGGAACCCGCGCGAGAGAAUAGCAACGUACCCGUCGCCGUAUCCGGCUCUCAGCAGUCGCUGCAACCCGAUUCCCCCGCCACCACUCUGAGCAUCUCCAUUGCGGCCGCAGAAGUCAGGCUCAACGAUGAGAAGAAUCGCCUCAAGACGUGGCGGAAAGAAUGGAAAUCGAGAAUCAAUGCUCUCAAGAAGGAGAAUGAGCUUACGGACAACCAACUGGCCUCGGCCGGCCACAGCGAUGACAAGUAUAGACAAAAGAUCCGCCAGCAGGAGACCCAAAAAGCACAGGCCGAACGCGAUACGGAAACCCAAGCCGAACAACUCAAGAAGUUUGACGGGUCUCCAGAACUGGCCGAGAACAAGAAGAGGAUGGAGCGUUCCUACUCGAACGAGAAGAAGCUCUAUGAUUUGGCUCAAAAGAGUUUCCGCGAGUACAAGGCAAAGCUGGAGAGCGAGGUCCAGUCCAAGGACAAUGAGAAGAGCAAUCUCAACACCAAGCGCAACAAGAUCGCUACCCGCAUUGCCAAGGUCGAAAACGAGCUCGCCAACAUCACCGAUGCAAACAACCGGGGCCUUAACGAGGUGGAACGUCGAAAUCGCGAACGUGCAGGCUGGCAGGAGCAGAUUGUCAACUCGGACAAGUCGUUUAACGAUCAACUCACGCAGAGCUAUACAUCCAAUAAUAUGAAGGCUGAGCAUCUCCGCAGUCUCCAGAACGAUCUGCAGACAGUUCGAAGCUUCAUGAGCCAGGCCAACGGCUUGCCUGUUGACAUGGCCUCACUCGAGUCUGCUGCCGUCGCCGGUCACGUUCCCUUUCAGUCACCGCAACUACAGCAACAGCAGUUGCCGCCGCAAACUCCUUGGAAUCCCAACCCAGCUGCUCCCGCGCAUUUCCCAUCGAGCAUGAAUUACUGGGGAGCGCCAAACGGCGACAACAACCACUCCUCCACGUCUCUCUCUUUGGCGCCCCCUGGCUUAGCAGCCUGGCAAUCCCCGCCCAUGACCUCUUUCGAGCUGCGCGGUGCCAAAUCACGAGGUCGCAGUUCUAGUAUGCUUAGCGACGUCAGCGGUUUCACCCAGCCGAGCGAUGAGGAGCCCCGU